AUGUUAGUUGCUUUUGUAUGGCUUCCGUGUACGGUUCGCUGCUUAGAGGCAACUAAGCAGACAUAUUGCUUUUCCUCUCUCUCUCUCUCUCUCUCUCUCUCUCUCUCUCUCUCUGAUAUACAAAUGCCAUUCUCUCUCUCUCUCUCUCUCUCUCUCUCUCUCUCUCUUCAUUUAUUUCUCUUUUCAUCAUUUUCUUUUUUUUUUCUUUCAACCGCUUUUUAUUCAUUUUCAAGUGAAUCAUGUUCAUCAGCAUAUUUUUCUUCUCCUCCUCUUUCUCCAUCUAAUAUCUUCACUUUUCUCCCUUUCUUUCGGCCUACUUUCUUUUCUUUCCUACUUUAUGAGAUGCCUUCUUUUAUUUUAUUUCCAUUUUUCUUUUCUUUCUCUUCUCCAAAACCUGGUCAUAAUCAAUUCAAAUCAUUCUUAUUUUCUCUUCUCUCUAUCUUUGUGCUUCUUAUCUUAGUUUUCUUUUCUCUAUCUUGUUUAACCUCUCUCUCUCUCUCUCUCUCUCUCUCUUCUCAUUCAAUUUAUACCAUUUUCAUUUGCGCUACACUCGCUCUCCCUUCUAUUCUAUUUUUAUUUUAUCUUUUCUCUUUUCUUUUUUUACGCAUCCCUCCUUCUUUCCUUCACUCCAUCUCUUUCAUUUUUCUCUUUUAUUGA